CUUACCAGUGGGCGGAGCACUUAUAUGCAAAGCAACCAGUCCAUCGUGACCCCGUAAGUACAGUCAUUAAUAUUGAGUGACCCACUAAACUCUUACCCCAUCGUCAGUUGAUCGCUGGGUCGUUUCAUUCGUGUUUGAGUCGUCAGCCUGGUGUGAAGAAAACAUGAAAGGAAAAAUUCAGACAGUGUGCGGUUGGAUUGACCCAGCCAGCCUGGGUAAAACCCUGACACAUGAACACCUGGUGGCAGACUUCUCCUGCUACUGGUCCGAGCCGUCCUGGCAUGCUCCGCAUCUGGACAAUGUGUCCUUCACGAUGGAUCCAGAGAAUCUGGGAUUCAUCAAACAAUAUCCGUACAACUUUCUAGAAAACCUCAAUUUCCAUGGGGAGGAGAAUCACAUGGUGGAAGAGCUGAACUUCUUCAGACAGAAUGGAGGCUCUUCCAUUGUUGAAUGCACCACCCUCGGGAUCAGCAGGGAUGUUGGAAAACUGAAGAAAAUCUCCAUGGCAACGGGCGUGAAUGUCGUCUGCGGCACAGGUUAUUACACGGCUAACACCCACCCCUCCAACAUGGACAGCCUUACACAAGAACAGCUGGUGUCUACCAUGGUCAACGACAUCACCCGGGGGGCUGAUGGGACUGACGUCAGGUGUGGGGUGAUCGGGGAGAUCGGCUGUUCUUGGCCGAUAACAGACAAUGAAAGGAAAGUUCUCCAGGCCGCAGCGAUCGCACAGAGUGAGACAGGUUGUCCUGUCAUCAUCCACCCGGGAACCCACACCGACUCGCCUGCUGAGAUCAUCCGUAUUCUACAGGAAGCUGGCGGUGAUGUUGGCGCAACAGUGAUGUCCCAUCUUGACUGUACGUUUUUCGAGACAGAAGACGUUCUGGAGUUUGCCUCGCUGGGCAGCUAUCUAGAGUGGGACUUCUUCGGGGUGGAGGUUUCCCACUGCCAGUGGGCAGACAUAGACAUGCCGAACGACGCCAUGAGGAUCAAAAUGAUCCGCCAGGUGCUGGAGGAGGGACAUGCUGACAAAGUUGUCAUCUCUCACGAUGUGGACACCAAACAUCGACUGAUGCACUACGGUGGCCACGGCUACUCCCACAUCCUGCUGAAUGUUGUACCCAUGAUGCUCAACAGAGGAAUAUCCCAGGAAGACAUCAACAAGAUCCUCGUUGAGAAUCCCAAACAAUGGCUCGUCUUUAAGUAAAUUGACCUUUGAACAGUGACCUUUCAACAGUCUUUAAGUAAAAGCCUUUUAACAGUUACGCGUAUUGAUAUGCGUUACCUUUAACUUGUUUGUGACCUGCGCGAGUUGGUACUGUACUAGAGUCCCCUUAGUAAUCUCCAAGCAGAUCCAUGGUGGCGUAAUAUAGUAUCAAACCCACCCUCCGGUGCCCAUUUGACUCCCUUUGGCCGGCUAUACUCCUUGGCCAGCUUUGAUACUAUCUUAUGGCACUGUAGGAUCUGUUUGGAGAUUAUCUCCUUAGUACAAUACUGAUGAGAAGAGUAUAUAUAAUUACCUCAAUUGUGCUACAUUACAGGAACUUCAUACCCGUUAUAUGAUAUAAAUUGGUGUGAGAGGAGAAUUGAUACUAGUAGAUAGAAUUGACCUGAUUUGCAUGAUGCUGUGUAUUGCACAUUAAUGGUAAAUGAUUGUAAUUCAUACCAGUAACUUAUACAUAUAAUGUAUGGUAGAUAAAUGUGAAUAUCUCCAUUGUAUGCAGAUAUUUCUGACAUUUUCAAGUUAUAUAGAAAUCAACAUUUCGAUUCAUUAAUGUACUAAACUAGGUGCCUUCCAUACUUGCUAAAACAUUGCAAUUAAAGAACAACUCGGUGAAGGUAUGAGGUCGUAGAACUCUUGUUAUUUCUGUUAUUGUAAUAUCCUAACCGUUCUAAUUUCAAUAAAACUAAAAAAAAACA